AAACGCCAUCAAACAACAAAACAAGAAGCGGAAGGCAGAACCAAUAGUCAGCGUGUUGUUUACAGGGGGGACUCAUAAUAUCGUCGGACACCAUGUUGUUGUAUCUCAGGUGACAGCUACAUUUUAAGGUUUUGCCAUCAAUGGGUUGGUCUGAUGCCAGUGUUGUGUUAUAGCAGGGAUGUGUGAGGUAUCUGAGAAGGACCUAUAUGCUGUGCUUGGAGCCAGCCCCUCAGACUCAGCGCAGCAGCUCAGACACAGAUACCAGCAGCUGGCUCUAAAGUACCAUCCAGACCGUCUUGGUGGUGUGUGUUCUUCAGAAGCAGAGUCUGCUGUGAAGAAGUUUUUAGAAGUUGAUGCAGCCUGGAGAAUCCUCGGUGACCAGAACACCAGGAAACAGUAUGACCUGCAGAGGAGAGCACAGGAGCUCAAACAGGAUUGGCCAGUGGAUUCUACAGUUCACCUGGAGGACAUGACCUGGGACAGGGGCGAGUGUGUGUACACAUACAGCUGUCGCUGUGGGGGAAGUUUUGAAGUCUCCAUGGAGGAGGUGAAGGAGGAGACGGAGAGGAGACAGCAGGAUAAUGAAGAGGAAGAGGAGCACACAGGAGUGGUCCUUUGCUGUGAUACAUGUUCCCUCAGCGUGUAUGUCACAUGGUCAUUACAUUCACAGACUCAUAUAUAAAAAUGAAAUUACUCAUAAUUAUAUGGACGAUUUUACGCUGUUGAGUCAGACUACGACUUUGGAAGAGGCAGAAAAUCAUCAAACCACACUGUUGGUCGGCGGGAGAUGUGAAACUGUGCGUCUUUGUGGGAACAUGGGCACCAACUGAAGACAAUGCUACCACUAUGUUCACACACAACUCAGAUGGGCAGUCUGCUCUGGACAUAGUUUAUUCUGCAAACACAAAAUAAAACAGUUAAUUUGAUAAGCAAA